AUGUCCACCGCAGUUCCACCCGUUAUCCCUGUCUCCUCCGUGCAAUCCGUCGAAUCCCAACCGCCCGUUGCCAGCCCCGCCUUUCUCUCUUUCGUUUCCCGUCUCAAUGAAUCCCUUCGCAACGGCCUCUCCCAGCGCCGUCCUUGGGCUGAGCUCGUUGACCGUUCCGCCUUCUCCAAGCCCGAGUCAUUCUCUGAUGCUCUCGUUCGCGUUCGCAAGAACUACUCGUAUUUCCGAGUCAAUUACCUGUCGGUGAUCGGUCUCAUCCUUGCUUUUUCCCUUCUUUCCCAUCCGUUUUCCCUUCUCCUUCUCCUCGGACUCCUCUGCUCCUGGAUCUUCCUCUACCUCUUCCGCCCUGCCGAUCAGCCUCUCGUUCUAUUUGGCCGUGCAUUCUCCGAUCGCGAGACCCUCGGCUUUCUCAUCAUCUUCAGCGUCUUCGUUGUCUUUCUCACUACCGUUGGAUCUCUUCUUAUUUCUGCUCUCAUGGUUGGAGUCGGACUCGUCUGUGCCCACGGCGCCUUUAGGGCCCCUGAGGAUCUCUUCUUGGACGAACAAGAACAAGUAUCCACCGGUUUCUUGUCCUUUCUAGGUGGUGCUGCCACCAAUGCCGCCGUUGCCGCUGCCCCUGCUGUUGCCGCUCGUGUCUGAAUCCGAUCCACGGUUCCGCCUCUUUGAAUCUUUUCCUCUUGGAUUACAGUAAUGGUUCACAUGUCAUUGAUUCAAUUUUCAGUUUUUUCUUUAAGAACAAUAAAAUUCCUAUUGGGGAAUUUAUAGCUGUAGUUUAUUUUUUACGAAUUAGAGUUUAUAUUAACAUUUGUGGAAUGUAUAUGGAUCUCGUUUAUUAGAUACUUUAUACUGGUGGAUCCAUUUUGGCUCCAUUUUACAAAGUUACUGGCGCUGAUCAUACCUCGUAUCUUAUUGUUUAUUCUCGAUCUAGUGACUAUGAAGAACCUUGUGUGACUCAGAUCUGUGCAUAAAUCAUGAUUAUAUAAGUCAAA